UCAAGAUGAAAAUUAUCCUCUCUAUACUCCUUCUAUUUAUUACAAAAUGUUUUCUCGGAGCUACCGAAAAAGUAUUUCACGUUCCUCUCGAUCAAAAUAGUUCAAUAACAAUGAGUUGGCAAGUUAAUUACGAAAAAGAGCUACUAAUCUUCGAAAUACAUCUACCGAGUGAUUUCGGGUGGUUCGCGUUUGGUUUUUCUGAUUACGGCGAACCAUUUCCGGCUGAUUAUUGCAUCUUGUAUCACGAUUGGAAACAAAAAUUGCACUUUCAAGACACUUACGCGAACGAUAACGGAGUUCUAGUAUUGGACAGUCAACAAAACUGCAAUAAUUUUCGCAUAAAGCCUUACAAAGCAAUAACCAAAUUUACUUUUCAACGAAAAUUUGAUACUUGCGAUUUCGAAGAUUACUUAAUUGAAGAUGGGACGACGCAUAUUGUUUGGUCCAGAGGGAAAGGUCCUUUAUAUAAAGCGUCUGGUUUGAAUAUUUCAACUCAUGAUAGUUCGAUGACUCGAGUACAAUUAUUAAAAAAUCUUAAUUUAGAAUUCGGAAAUGAAGAUAUUGAAAGAAAUGUGUACGCUUUGGACAUUUUAAGUGAUAAAGUUCAAGUUCCCGAUCGUGAAACAACUUAUUGGUGUCAUGUUCAUAAAUUGCCAGAAAUUUUUGAAGAGAAACAUCACGUUUAUCGAUAUGAGUCGCAUAUUCAGAAAGAAAAUGAAGGAAUUGUCCAUCACAUGGAAGUUUUUCACUGCAUAGCUCCACCGAAUGAAGAUAUUCCUUUUUACGUUGGGGACUGUUUUGGAUUGAAAAGGCCAAAUUCUACGCAAGUAUGUAAAAGGGUUAUAGCUGCUUGGGCUAUGGGAGCAACAAUGUUUUAUUACCCAAAAGAAGCCGGUUUGCCUAUUGGAGGAUCUAAUUUUAAUAAAUAUAUCAUGCUUGAAAUUCAUUACAAUAAUCCUAUGCUACAAAAAGGAAUUAUUGAUAGUAGUGGAAUAAGAUUUUAUUAUUCACCAAAAUUACGUCGAUACGAUGCAGGAAUAAUCGAACUUGGAUUGGAAUAUACAGAUAAAAUGGCUAUACCUCCACAUUUAAACUCAUUUGCACUUACUGGUUAUUGUGUUAGUGAAUGUACGGCUAUAAGUCUUCCACCCGAUGGUAUCAACGUUUUUGGUUCUCAACUUCAUACCCAUUUAACCGGAACUAAGGUUUGGACGAGACACAUUCGAGAUGGGUAUGAAUUAAUGGAAUUAAAUAGAGAUAAUCACUAUAGUACGCACUUUCAAGAAAUAAGAAGAUUGAAAAGAGCGGUUAAAAUUCUUCCGGGUGAUGCUUUAAUAACAACAUGCGAAUAUCAAACUUUGGAUAGGACGAAUAUAACUUUAGGUGGAUUCUCGAUAAGCGACGAAAUGUGCGUUAAUUAUAUUCAUUAUUUUCCUGCGACGACUUUGGAAGUUUGCAAAAGUGCUAUUAGUGAUCAAGCUUUGAGCACAUUUUUUGAAUACAUGCGAUCGUGGGAAUAUCAAAAUAUAGUUAAUGGAGGUUCAAUUUCUUCAAAUUAUAACUCAAUCGAAUGGAAUCCGAUGCGUGUUGAGCUUUUAAAAGAAGUUUACAAAGAAGCUCCACUAAGUAUGCAAUGUAACAUGUCUUCAGGAGACCGUUUCCCAGGUUACUGGGAAAGUACGCCUUUAACACAUAUUAAAAUUCCUCUUCCACCUCCAAAAAGAAGAUGUUAAGAACGCAAACUAUCUGAAUAAUUAGUCAAAAAAUGUAAUGUAAUAUAAAAUCUGAAAUAAAUAAAUAGAUGGGU